AUGGAAGGAGCAGCUGGCUUGACUCCGUACCAAUUACUCACGUCGACGCGGUACGACCCCUAUCUGACGUCUUUUGGAUGGAACAACGACAAGGACGGGCCCUCGCCGUUUUUCCUGCUCCCUCUGCACCUCGAGCGGCUCAUCGAGGCCGCAGACACCCACAGCUGGCUCUACGCCAAAACGCUACUGCGAUAUGAAUACCUCAAAGCGAGCUGCCUCGACGCUAUACUCGAACAGCGCAUACGCGGGCAUACUUCCACCGCAUACAAACUCCGCAUCACGGUGACGAAAGAGGGCCGGAUCGCAGCUACAGCUACGCCUCUCGCGCAGAAUCUGACAGAGGACCCAACGACGGUGCCCGAGCCCUCUGCGAUCGCGAUCGCAGCGAGCGAUAACGAUGAAGGAUUAGACGCCGGGCCGACAGGCCCCCCAAUGAAGGUGUACAUCGAUAAGGAACCGACAGAGCCGUCGAUUUUUACAGAGACAAAGACGACGCUGCGGGACGUGUACGAGCGGGUGAAGGAGCGCAACGCGGGGCAGUGUGACGGCAGUGGGUGGGACGUGCUGUUGUACAACGGGGACGGACAGGUGAUGGAGACGACAAUCUUCAAUGUGUCGUUCUACCGGGGUGGACAGUGGGUGACGCCUGGAGCAGGGACGGGAUGCCUGGCAGGUGUGAUGCGGCGGUGGCUGCUGGAGCACGGGCGUAUCUUGGAGGACACAGAGGGCAUUCUCACACGGGACACUAUCUCAGACGGCGAGUGGGUGCUGCUGUGCAACGGGGUGCAGGGCUGCCGGCUGGGCAAAAUAUACACAGAGUCUGCAUAA